CCCCCCCCCAGGCAGGAUGCGCUGCCUCCGCCGCGCGGGCGCGGCCGCCCACUUGCUCCGCUCCGCGAGGAGCGGCCCCUCCAAGCAUGCUCGCAUGGCCCUCGGACAGAUGCCUCCGCCGCCUGCCGCUUUCCCGUGUCGCGCGCGCGCCGACCACCUGCUCGGAGGAAUGCGCGGCCAGUGGCUCUGCACGGCGACGGGGCCCACCGGCGCCCCCGACCUCGCCGUGGACCAGCACUUCACCGUGGUGCCUGGCCUGGGCAACGAUGUCUCCGACGCGGCGGGGCUCACCGGCGCCCAUGAUCUUGCAGUGGACCAGGACUUCACUGUGGUGCCCGGCCCGGGCCUCGACGUCUCCUCGGAGGCGGAGAGGGUCUGCCGGGUGCUGUCCACCGUGCCGGAGCCGAGGGUGGCGUCGGCCCUCGACGCGCUCGGGGCCUCGGUGUCGCCUCAGCUCGUGGCGGAGGUGCUCAAGAACCUGAGCAACGCUGGCAUCCUCGCCCUCGCCUUCUUCCGGUGGGCGGAGAGGCAGCAAGGCUUCGUGUACACGGCCGAGAGCUUCCACAACCUCAUCGAAGCGCUCGGCAAGAUCAAGCAGUUCAGGCUGGUCUGGAGCCUGGUGGAGGCCAUGCGGUGCCGCGGCUUGCUUUCCAAGGACACGUUCAGGCUCAUCGUCAGGAGGUACGCCAGGGCAAGGAAGGUCAAGGAAGCCGUCGAGACGUUCGAGAAGAUGGCCGGCUUCGGGCUCAAAGCAGACCUAUCAGAUUACAACUGGUUGAUCGAUGUGCUGAGCAAAUCCAAGCAAGUCAAGAAGGCGCAAGCCAUCUUCAAGGAGAUGAAGAGGAACGGAAAGUUUGUUCCCGAUUUGAAGACCUACACCGCCCUCAUGGAAGGCUGGGGCCAUGAGAAGGACUUGCUGAUGCUUAAGUCGGUGUACCAGGAAAUGCUUGAUGCAGGCCUGAAGCCUGAUGUCGUGGCAUACGGGAUGCUCAUUAGUUCCUUUUGCAAGUCUGGCAAAUGUGAUGAGGCCAUCAAGGUGUUCUGUGAGAUGGAAGCCAAUGGUUGCAUGCCAAGCCCUCAUGUGUAUUGCAUGCUUAUCAAUGGGCUUGGCUCAGAGGAGAGGCUGGAUGAGGCUUUGAAGUAUUUUGAGCUUUCUAAGGCCAGUGGUUUUCCCAUGGAGGUACCUACAUGUAAUGCAGUUGUUGGGGCUUACUGCAGAGCCUCAAAAUUCCAGCAUGCCUUCAAGAUGGUUGAUGAGAUGAGAAAGAGUGGAAUCGGUCCAAAUUCCCGGACUUAUGAUAUUAUUCUUCACCAUCUUAUAAAGUCUCAGAAGAUAGAAGAGGCUUAUAAUGUGUUCCAGGGAAUGGGCAAGGAUGGCUGUGAACCUCAGCUCAACACAUAUACAAUGAUGGUUAGUAUGUUCUGCAGUAAUGAAAGGGUUGAUGUGGCCUUGAAGGUGUGGAACCAAAUGAAGGAGAAGGGUGUUCUGCCAUGUAUGCACAUGUUUUCUGCAUUGAUCAACGGGUUAUGCUUUGAGAACAGGCUGGAAGAAGCUUGUGUGUAUUUCCAGGAGAUGUUGGACAAAGGGAUCAGGCCACCUGGUCAGCUUUUCAGUAAUUUGAAGGAAGCUCUUAUUGAGGGAGGAAGAGUUAGUCUGGCACAGGAGAUGGAUUUGAAGUUGGAUGGAUUACGGAAAACACCCAUGCGUCGUUGAGGAAUCAUGCAAAUGAUCUAUUGCAGCAGCAUAUGGCUUUUGGCUAUUAGAAAACAAUGUAGCUCGGUCAAAAUUGUAGUAACAGAGGAAACUUCAGAAUUGCUGAUCUUCAACAUUAACAUUUCCAUUCAAUUUUAUAGUAUUUUAUGAAGGCCAAUUUAGAUUCAGUAGCAUCAAUAUAGGAUGAGAGACUUACCUGGUUCGAACAAGCUCAGCUAAGAUGGUGUGAUGAGAAUAUGAGAUAACCGAAUUCUUUA